UGGAGACUGAAAGAUAAAAUGAAGGUGAUAGAUCCACAUUGACCUAAAGAUAAAAGUACCAGAACUCAAUACUAGUACACGGACUGCUCUAGAAAAGAAGUUGUGGACAAGAUAAGAAUGAUGAUGAACAUGUUCUGCCCUGUAUUUGCCUGGAGAACAUUACUGGCAACAGGACCUUCCUUCUAUCUUAUCGUCAUGCUGUCAGCCCUGAUAUACCAUGUUCAAUGCAGCGAGGAACCAGAGGUGCACUGUACAAUGAAUAAGUACAAAAACGUGACAUGCCUUUGGAAUCAGAAGGGACACCUGAGUGAGAACUACACCUUAUAUUACUGGUACGGCAUGCAGGAAUCUUCGGUACGGCAUACAGCCCCUUGUCCGCAAUAUGUGAUUGCCAAUCAUAUAACUAUAGGCUGCCAUUUCCCUGAAGGCAAGACUUUCCAAACGUUCAAUGUGAAGCUGAACAGCAGUAGCAUGGGACCCCCAAUCCAGAAAACAUUUCACAACUUACAAGAGCUUGUGAAGAUGGAUCCUCCAGCAAACCUAAGUGUUGUGAAUACUAGUAGUUUGGAGUUACGUCUCACAUGGGAGCAAUCCCUUGGAGUUUUCAGUGAGCUCUGUAUCUCUUAUCAAGUGCGGCAUCGGAGUAUGGGCAGUGACAAGUGGACGGUGAAGAAUGCCUCUUCUAAAAAGUUUUCCUUGCCAAGUUUUGACCCUCGGGAAACCUAUACCUUCUAUGUGAGAAGCCAGUUAAACACAAAUUGUAUAAGUUCUAAUAUAUGGAGUGAGUGGAGUGAAGGUGUCACCUGGGGAAGGAAUGCCACAGUCAGUGAUGGACAGCCAUUAACAGAACUUGCCAAAACGGUUCUUAUCUCCAUUAUUUCAACAUGUGUGUUGCUGUUACUUCUGUUACUCUUCAUUAGGAUGGAAAGGAUUUGGUUUAUUCUUGUUCCUCAAAUUCCAAACCCUGGGAGAAAAUUUGAAGCUCUUUUCAAUAUCUACAGAGGCGACUUUCAGGAGUGGCUUGGAGUAUCCAAAGAAGCUGUGGACAACUUGAAGCCCAAUUACACUGAGCCACUCUGCACCGUGAGUGAAGAUCCUGAUUGUAUAGUGCUGGAUAUGAAGAAUCCGACAUGCAAUUGAUCCGCAAACUGACACCUGCUCAGGCACAUCAGUGGUGGGCUAAGGACCGCCUAACCAGGAGUCAUUUUUCCUUAUCAUCUUAAUUAGUUGUGUUGCUGACAAGUUAGUGCAUUCAAUUUGACGGCUGUCGAGAUCCUGGCUGUCAGGAUACCGAUGCCGCAAUCCCGGCACCCAAUGAAAUACAGCCGGUAUAUCCUACUGAUCCCGACUGAACCUACUAGUGAGAAGAGUUACUGUGUAUAUAAUGAUACUGUAAAAGUUUUCCUAUUGUACUUUUUAAUCAUUUUUAUAAGAAACUACAGUAGCUUAAUACCCAUGCUUCGCUACGGAAUUUAAGGAAUAAUGCCUUUGUCAGACCGCAUUUAUGGCCUUCCCCGGAUUGAUGCUGUCAAAAUGCUGGUGCUGAGGAGAAUAAUCCGCCUCCCUCUCUGCCCCGUCCCGCCUCUGAUGAUGCCCUGCUCAGUGCUGUAAAUGCUGGGACGACAGGCCAAGCUCCGCCCACUAUAUGUUAAAUAUGUAAUGUUUACAGGCUGAAUCUAUGUCAAAGGGCCCUAGGUCUCCUUGCUAAGUUUAAAAACGAAAGUAUACCUCCGCCCCAUCCGUGUGUGCGUCUGCCCUUACCCGUAGGUGCCUCUGCUCCUACGCAUAUGUCUAUGCACCUACCCAUGUGUACCUCUAUCCUUACCUGUGGGUGCCUCUGCCCCUACCCGUGUGUGCCUCUAUCCUUACCUGCGGGUUCCUCUGCACCUACCCAUAUGUGCCUCUGCCUUUACACGUGGGUGCCUCUGCCCCUACCCAUGUGUGCCUCUGCCCCCACCCAUGGGUGCCUCUGCCCUCACAUAUGAGUGCCUCUACCUGUGUGUACCUCUGCCCCUACCUGUGGUGCCUCUGCCCUUACACGUGGGUGCCUCUGCCCCUACCCAUGUGUGCCUCUGCCCCUACCCACGUGUGCCUCUGCCCCCACCCGUGGGUGCCUCUGCCCACACAUAUGAGUGCCUCUACCUGUGUGUACCUCUGCCCCUACCUGUGUGUACCUCUGCCCCUACCUGUGGUGCCUCUGCCCUUACACGUGGGUGCCUCUGCCGCUACCCAUGUGUGCCUCUGUGUAAAUUGCUCCAGGCAUUCCAGAGUUAUGCUGAAAACUAUGGAUGUUUACAUGUCACCCCCUUCUUACCCCCACCCAUAGGGGUGCUAGGGGUGUCUUGCCCCCACAGUAUUUUUUUCCAUAUUGUAAGACAUAUGUGUACCAAGUUUGGUGUAAAUUGCUCCAGGCAUUCCAGAGUUAUGCCUGAAAACUAUGAAUUUUUACAUGUCACCCCCUUCCCACCCCCAGGGGUGCUAGGGGUGUCUUGCCCCCCGUUUGGUGUAAAUUGCUACAGGCAUUGCAGAGUUAUGCUGGAACAUACAAAGGUCCAUUUUUAUAUUUAUAGAUUCUUGUGUUAUUUUCCACACUAUGGGGUCUAUUCAUGAAGCAGUGAAAAGUGUGGAGAAGUGAGUCAGUGGAAAUCUGCUUUUGAUGGUAAUUUCAGCUUUUAACGGUAAAGGUGAUUAUACAAUAGAUCCGAGAACAAUCCCACGUGUUUUGUCCCUUCAGGACUUCAUCAGGGGUAUGGUUCAUAAUGGUCUGUAAAAUCUACUCUGAACGAAGAUUAGUAAUCUCAGAACAGGUUGGAUCCCCAAAGAUGGCUUGCUUCAUGUAUAAAAU